AUGAUUAAAAGUUAUUGUCCUCAUUUAUUCUUAUUGAUUAUUUGCUUUAUUCUUGUAUUAUUAUUUACCAUCAUCAAUUGUAAUCAUAAUGAUGAUACAAUGGAAACAACAUUAUUUAAAAAAAGACUAACAACAAAAACAACGAAAAAUCAUUUAUAUGAUUUAUUAGAACAAGCAAAUUUAAAUGAUGAAGAGAUAAAUAUUUUUAUUCAAGAUUUAUUACAACCUUAUCCUAACCGUCGAUCAUCGUUUUAUGCUAUGCGAGGAAAACGACAAUCUACUUUACCAUAA